AUGGCAUCACAAGAACUCCUCACCCGAUAUAUCACGGAAGGACUAUUGACAAAUCAGAUUUCGUUCGAGGAGUUUGACGAUAUAAUAACCAAGAGCGCACACAAUCGCAUUUCAAAGGAAUCUAUACGUGACUGGUACCUGAAAUAUCAAAGCAUUGACUCAAUGGCAUAUCAAACGAUAAGCAAGGGUGUCUGUGAUUUUUUGAAAAAGUUGAAAGAAUCAGUUUUAAAUGAUCUUGAAAAGGGUCAGGUCGCAGAGUCGUUUACCUUGGAAGAAAUCAUCAACAACUUAUACACCGUAGACCAAAUUUUAAACAGUCGGUUGAAAACCAUGAAUAAGAGGAUUGCCGCGAAUGCCCUGGAACUGGAGUCCUUCAAUAAUAUUUUGACUGAAUCACAUGAGACAAGGCAACAAAGUGCAAAUUCGUCCCUUGAUGGUCUAUUGAAUACUUUAAAAAGAUAUAAAGCAUUGAUAGAAGAUGUUGAUCGCGGAAGUACCUAG